AUGCCAUGUGGCCCAAACCCGGCGGAGGUUCCACCUGGGGCACAAAUCACAGACCUGACCGAAGAUCGCAUGAGGAACGAGCACAGGCGCCGGUCACCUGUGCGCACCGGGGAGGCGCGUGCGGGUUUCCAGCCGCGAGGCGCCCAAGAGCAAGCGGGGCUCGACGCCCCACCCCCAACAGCUGUCCGCAUAAACUGGGCGGGCUGUGAGGUUGCCGGCUGGGGCUCCCCGCGGCCAGCCGGGCAAGGAGGGGUCGCAGGGUCCCUCCCCCGCAGAGGCGCAGACCCCGGGACGCCCAAGGACCCCCCAGGACGGAGGUCUCGGGUGCCGCCCUGUGAGGGCGCCCUGCUCCCCAGACACUGGCGCCCGAGCCACAGAGGCCUCCGAGGGCUCAGGUCCCCGGGGACCCCCGAGGGCCGAAGGGGCAGCGGGGCUGGGGAGUCGCCGUCCCUGAGCACCGCGGCCUCCCUGUGCCGGCCUGGAAAUGAGGCCCACGGUCGGGCCCAGGGCGGAAGCCUGAAGAGAGGCAACGCCGACGACAGACACCGGCACAACCGCGCGCGAGGUGCCCUCGCGAGAAUCUCCGGCUUCCGGUGCCUCCCCGCCAACCCCAGAGCGCGCGUGCGCACACGGCCCGGCGCGCGCUCCGGGACCCGCUCCCGCGCGCGCCUCGGUCCUCGCGCGCCCCCUGGCGCUCGGCGGCCGGCCCUGUGGGCGGCGCGCGCCAGCCCCGAGCGCGGAGAGCAGCGCCCCCGCGUGGACACGCGCCGCCCCCGCCCGCGCGGAGGGCCGCCGCCCACGUGGAUGCCACUCCCCCGGUCCACCGGCCGCUGA